AUGACUGCCAAUAUUAAACUUCUUCUUACAGUUUUAGAAACUCAUACUAUCUAUAAUAAAGAGGAUUUUUUCUCAAAUUGUGAUAUUGAUUAUCCAGUUCCUGAAUCCUUUUCCCAAAUAUUUGGCUAUACUUUUUCUGAAAAGGAUAUAAAGAAGCAAUUAAACAACUUCAAAAUGAAAAGGCGUCAUUUAACAGAAUUAAUGUAUUAUGGAAAACCAAA